AUGUCUGAUCGUAUCAGCUUCAUUGUGCUGCGAAACGUCUCGCCGCACGCCUCCCGCGGGCCACCGUACUUCCCAUUUGAUUUCCCGCGGAGUUUUCGCGCGGCGAAUCGCGCCGCGCUGCUUCACACGACCCGCCGAUCCGUGCCGGCCCCCCGAGUUUCGACGUCUCCUCGCACAUUUUCGCACCUCCCACUUCUUUUUCACUCAUCGUUUUGGCUGGUGGACCACAGGGAAACGUCGACGCGGAUGGACUUCGACGAGAGCAAUGCACCCCGCAUGGAAAAAGCGCAGCCUCUACUGCGAGCGGUAUCGACAGCGUACGAAGACAUGUAAC